CCUUUGGCUGAGGGCGGCUGCGGUAGCCGCGCUCACUCCACGCCGGCCCCGCCGCCGCGAGGCGCGCGGCCCGGGUAGCUCAGAGCCAGGGAGGCCGUUCGCAGUGCCUGUGAAGCCAUGAAGCGGCAGAGCAGCGGCUGCGUCGACCAGGAAGCCCGCCAGUUGAUGAUAAAGCGGAAGCUGGCCGAGGUGGAGCGGGUGUUGCAGCAGGAGCCAGACAUCGAGGUGGAGGAGCCGCCGGCGGAGAAGCAAGCCACGGUGACCGGCCCCACGGACAGAGCUGUGGUGCAGUUGCCCAACGGUGGCGGGGAGGUCCUCGUCGUUAUCGGCACCUCGGAGCACGCCGAGAUCCCUGGGAUGAUCGACCGAAUAUGCUACAUCGUGGACAAGGCCUAUUCCAGCGUGGGCAAGCACAAGCACGUGGACGAGUACGACGCCAGGCACCGUCUCGCGAUGGGCGACGCCGGCCCGGCGGCGAACCGCGUGUUGCACCUGGCGUUCAAGGGCGGCGAGCUCGUCGGCUGCGCGAGCUCCACCUUCGACCCCGGCUGGACACCCGAGGGCUGCGGCCAUUGGGGCCUCAUGGCGGUGGACCCCGCCAGCCAGGGGCAGGGCAUCGCCACAGCGCUCGUGCUGGCGUGCGAGCGGCGCCUGGCCACGGUCAACGAGGCCAUUCAGAUAGAGUACCAGUACUUCGCCGGCGACGAGCACUCCAGGAGGCUGCACGCGUGGUACGAGGAGAAGCUGGGGUUCCAGGGCGGAGGCCCCCCGCCUCGCCGCGGCAGCUCCUUCCGGAAGUGCUUCAAGGACAUCCCAGAGGCCCAGCAGCGGCUGGGGCAGCGGCGCCGGCUGCUCGAGAUCCGCGGCUGGCUCCAGGAUCAGCUCAGGGAGGCCGGUGGGCGGCCGGAGGAGGACAGGGCGCCCGCUGCGGUGGAGGAGGCCUGCGCGGCAGCGGUGGCGUGACCCCCUGCGCGCCCAGGCCUGCGCCGGAGCCGCUCCAGCGGCGGGCGCGCGGAGGCAGAUUUUCCCUUUGUGCAUAAAUGCGGGCGGUUGUGCCGCCCCUGCUCGUCGGCGUGUCGCCUCAGGCCGACGCCGGUCGGGGGGCAGGCGACGGGGCGAGAAAUUCCCGGUCUCGUCCCCCCUCCUGCCCGGUCCAUCCCGGGGAGGUGGAGGACGUCGGUCAUGCUCGGCGGGUGCUGGCAGCGCGCCACGAGGGUACGGCGCGAGACUGGCGGCCGUCCAGGAAGGCGGCGGAAGUCGGGCAUUUCGUCCGCCUCGGCCCCCGUGCGCGCCGCCACGGGUGCUCGGACAGGCGCGUCGGAAGCCUGCAGGAAUUUGUCGCAGACUGUACAAAGGCGCCUCGCCACCGUCGGACGCCCUCGGCGCGCACGGCAGGAGCCGUGGGAGCGCGACCGCCACGGCCGCGCCCGCGGCUUGCGGGGGGCCCUCCGCCGCUUAGGCAGUGACCCUCUCUCUUCCCUGUCUGGGAGGCCUCCUCCUUCCGCUUCUCUUGCGGCAGGAACAAGCACGGCUCAGUCAUAAGCUGUAGGAGGUCCGCACGGAGUUACAGGGUCGGCGUUUGGGCACCUUUUUGGGCGGCGUUCCAGCGCCGCCCCUGGCGCGCUUUGCGCGCCAUGCAGAGAAAUGCCAGCACCGAACGAAGAGAUCCGCGCGGACCUUCCAGAGUGUUUGGUAAAUCAGGAAGGGCGUCAGUGCCAGCGGGAUCUAGGGAGGGCUGGGCGGCGCGGCAGCGCGCAGCCCUGGUCGCGAUUUUCGUUGCUCAGCCGGCCUGCCGGGAGCAGAGGCAUGCUGCAGAACUCACGGGCCCACGUGGGGCGAGGGUGGGGCAUGUCAGCACAUCUUCUCAUCGCGGCAGGCGUGAGCUGAC